AUGUCCUCGUCGCAAGCAGUACGCUCAUCGAAAUACUCGUAUAGGGCCACCUCAACUGGACCGAGUGGAGCUGAUAUCUCCAUUGAAUACAGCUCUGAUUUGGCCGCCCUCUCCCGUUUGGAGGAUAAAAUCCGUUUGCUCCAAGAUGAUCUUGAAGCCGAACGUGAAUUGCGCCAAAGGAUCGAGCGCGAUAAGGCCGAUCUCAGCGUUCAAGUCAUCCAGAUGUCCGAACGUCUUGAGGAAGCAGAAGGCGGCGCUGAACACCAGUUCGAGGCAAAUCGCAAACGUGACACUGAAUUGUUGAAGCUCCGCAAAAUGCUUGAGGAUGUCCACCUCGAAUCCGAAGAAACUGCCAUUCUUCUGAAGAAGAAGCACAACGAAAUUAUCUCGGAUUUCCAAGAACAAAUCGAAAUCCUAACGAAAGCGAAGUCUAGGGCUGAGAAGGAGAAAUCCAAAUUCCAGGCCGAAAUUUACGAAUAUCUCUCUCAAAUCGAAUCCUACAACAAGGAGCGAAUCGUUACCAGCAAGCAUGUCGAACGGCUGGAAGUGACAAUCUCUGAAUUGAAUGUGAAAAUUGAGGAAUUGAACCGCACAGUCAUUGACAUCACAUCGCACAAGACCCGCCUCUCGCAAGAGAACAUUGAAUUGAUCAAGGACGUCCAAGAUCUCAAGUCCCAACUGGACACAGUCUCAUAUUCCAGGAGUCAAGUCGUCUCCCAAUUGGAAGAUGCACGCCGCCGUUUGGAAGAUGAAGACCGUCGUCGUUCAAUGUUGGAAUCUUCCCUUCAUCAAGUUGAAAGCGAAUUGGAUUCGACUCGCAUUCAACUCGAAGAAGAAUCGGAAGCUCGUAUUGACUUGGAACGUCAGUUGGUCAAGGCCAAUGCCGAUGCCAUUACCUGGCAAAACAAAUACCAGACCGAAGUAGUUGCCCGCGCUGAGGAGGUCGAAGAGAUCCGUCGCAAAUAUCAAGUGCGCAUUACCGAGCUUGAGGAACAUGUUGAAACACUGAUUGUUAAGAUCAACAACUUGGAGAAACAAAAGACUCGCUUGGCCAGUGAAGUUGAACAACAACAAGAUUUCAUAUGGCAUGCGUCCAUGCAACCAUUUCCUAGCGAAUAUUCGUAUAUCACACCCAACCAGACAGACGCCUCUACUCCUUGCCAUCGCGGCAAUCAUCUGCCGCUUACGCUAAUUACAGAUGACCGACUUGACCCGAGCGCAUUAGCCACCAAAAUACUCAAUUCGUAUGGCAAGUACGUUAGCAGCUCGUGA